AUGUCCUGGAUGUUCAAGAGAGAUCCUGUUUGGAAGUACUUGCAGACUGUCCAAUAUGGAGCCCAUGGAAAUUUUUCACGCCUUUCAUAUCCUACUUUCUUUCCCCGUUUUGAAUUCCAAGAUGUUAUCCCUCCAGAUGACUUCGUAACUAAUGAUGAAGACCUAGAUUCCGUUUUAUUUGGAACUUUAAGAGGUCAUGUGGUUGGACUGCGCUAUUACACAGGAGUAGUUAAUAAUAACGAAAUGGUUGCUUUACAACGAGAACCUAAUAACCCUUACGAUAAGAAUGCGAUUAAAGUAAACAAUGUGAAUGGAAAUCAAGUUGGCCACAUAAAGAAGGAUCUUGCGGCUGCUUUGGCAUCUAUCAUGGACAGCAAGUUGGCACAAGUUGAAGGGGUAGUUCCUUUUGGUGCAAACAAUGCUUUUACUAUGCCUCUGCAUAUGGCUUUUUGGGGAAAAGAAGAAAAUAGAAAAGCAGUUUUAGAUCAUUUGAAGAAACAUGGAUUUAAAUUGCUUCCUCCACCUAAAACUUUAGGAUUCAGUUUGGAAAGUGGUUGGGGUUCUGGAAGAGCUGGACCAAGCUAUAGCAUGCCAGUUCAUGCUGCAGUGCAGAUGACAACUGAACAGCUUAAAACAGAAUUUGACAAAUUGUUUGAAGAUUUAAAAGAAGAUGAUAAAACUCAAGAAAUGGAACCAGCUGAGGCUGUUGAAACACCUUUACUUCCACAUCAAAAACAAGCUCUAGCUUGGAUGGUUUCACGGGAAAACAGUAAAGAACUUCCACCAUUCUGGGAACAGCGAAGUGAUUUAUACUAUAACACAAUAACAAAUUUUUCUGAGAAGGAUCGACCAGAAAAUGUCCAUGGAGGAAUUUUAGCUGAUGAUAUGGGCUUGGAAUGUAAUGUUAACAGUGAAUCUGUGGAACUUGAAGGAAACAUUACCAGUGAAAAAGCAGAUGGACUAAUCAAAGAAGGAUCUAGAUGUAGCACAGAACCCAGUAUUUCAGAUGUCCAGGAAAAGAAUAAAUACCCCAUGUCAGAGUUUUCUAGCCCCCGCCCCAAAAGGAGAAAAACUGUUGACAAGUAUAUCGAAAGCAGUGAUUCAGAAGAAUUUGAAACAAAUGAAUUACCACAGAAAACAAAAGGCAAACUGAAAAAUGUAAAGUCAGAGGCUAAAAACAGGGGAAAAGGAUCUUCCAAGCUCAAAGAGGAUCCAGAGUUCAUGUGUGCACUUACUUCACCUACCACUACAACAAAAAAGAAAAUGUUGAAAAAGGGAGCAUCUGCAGUGGAGGAUUCAAAGAAAACUGAUCUUGAAGAGAAACCAAGAACAACAUUGAUCAUCUGUCCACUUUCUGUUUUAAGUAACUGGAUUGACCAGUUUGGACAACAUAUAAAAUCAGACGUGCACUUGAAUUUUUAUGUUUAUUAUGGUCCUGAUCGUAUUAGAGACCCCACUUUGCUUUCAAAACAGGAUAUUGUUUUGACCACAUACAAUAUUUUAACUCAUGAUUAUGGGACUAAAGGAGAUAGUCCAUUACAUAGCAUAAGAUGGCUUAGAGUCAUCCUGGAUGAAGGACAUGCCAUACGAAAUCCAAAUGCUCAGCAGACAAAAGCUGUACUUGAUUUAGAAGCAGAAAGAAGAUGGGUAUUGACAGGAAGUGACACACCUGAAGAACUGCGAAAGAAAUUAGUAAGGAAGAUGAAGUUAAUUCUGAGCUCAGGCUCAGAUGAAGAAUGUGCAAUUUGCUUGGAUUCUUUAACAGUUCCUGUGAUAACACAUUGUGCACACGUAUUUUGUAAACCUUGUAUUUGCCAAGUCAUUCAGAAUGAGCAGCCUAAUGCUAAAUGCCCCUUAUGCAGAAAUAAUAUAGAUGGAAGCAAUUUAUUGGAAUGUCCUCCAGAAGAACUGGCAUCCAUCACUGAGAAAAAGACUAGUAUGGAAUGGACAUCCAGUUCAAAGAUUAAUGCCUUAAUGCAUGCAUUGAUUGACUUAAGAACGAAGAAUCCUAAUAUAAAAAGUUUAGUUGUUUCUCAGUUUACAACGUUCCUCUCUCUAAUAGAAACACCACUUAAAGCUUCUGGAUUUGUGUUUACACGUUUGGAUGGUUCUAUGUCCCAAAAGAAAAGAGUUGAAUCAAUUCAGUGUUUUCAAAAUACUGAAGCAGGAUCUCCAACUAUAAUGCUUCUGUCUUUAAAAGCAGGUGGAGUUGGUUUGAAUCUUUCUGCAGCUUCUCGAGUGUUUUUAAUGGAUCCAGCCUGGAAUCCUGCUGCUGAAGACCAGUGCUUUGACAGAUGCCAUAGACUUGGCCAGAAGCAAGAAGUUAUCAUCACAAAAUUCAUUGUAAAGGACUCUGUUGAAGAAAAUAUGCUGAAAAUACAAAACACAAAGCGAGAACUUGCAGCUGGAGCUUUUGGAACUAAAAAAACAAAUGCUAAUGAAAUGAAACAAGCUAAAAUUGAUGAAAUCAAAACUUUAAUUGAUUUAUAA